UUAAACGAAUCGUUCCUGCCUCUCCCUCCCGCUCCAAAACGACAAAAGAAAAUCAAUCUGGAAACGGGGAGCGGGCUCCUCGCUUCAGGCGGUGGAGUAGACACCUCCCCCCGAGGGGGGGGGAAAAAAAACGGACAGGCGGUUUAGGAGGCCGCGCUACAAACUCAAGACAAAAAAGGACCCCGCGCUAAAGAGGCGUCGCUAAGGGAGGCCGAGAAAUGGAGGUCCUGGGAGGAUGUUACGAACAGAUUCUGUUCGGGUUCUCCAUACAACCGACCGAGAACUGGGCAGUUGCUCCUGAUUUUACUCAUCAUGCACAUAGUGCUUCGCUAUCCGCAGUAGCUGUGAAUGAAAGAUAUGUAGUCACUGGGAGCAAGGAUGAAACUAUACAAAUCUAUGACAUGAAAAAGAAGGUAGAACAUGGAGCAUUGGUACAACACAAUGGCACUGUAACCUGCUUGGAAUUCUAUGGGAAUGCUCAUCUAUUGAGUGGAGCUGAAGAUGGUCUCAUAUGUAUUUGGAAUACAAAAAAAUGGGAAUGCUUGAAGUCAAUUAAAGCCCACAAGGGCCAUGUGACAUCUCUUUCUAUUCAUCCUUCUGGAAAGUUGGCUUUAUCAGUAGGAACAGACAGAACAUUAAGAACAUGGAACCUUGUAGAAGGAAGAUCUGCAUUCAUAAAAAACAUAAAACAAAAUGCUCAUCUUGUUAAAUGGUCAACAAGUGGUGAGAUAUACGUGGUGGUUAUAGCUAACAAAGUUGAUAUAUAUGACCUGGAAACAGCUUCUAUCACUGGUACCAUUGCUACAGAAAAGAGGAUAUCUUCAAUAAAGUUUAUCACUGAUUCCAUACUUGCUAUUGCAGGAGAUGACGAAUUCAUACGAUUAUUUGAUUGUGAAUCUCAAAAAUGUGUUUGUGAAUUUAAAGCUCAUGAAAACAGAAUCAAAGCACUGUACAAUUUCAAAAUGGAAGGCUUACAUAUUCUAGUAACAGCAUCAAGUGAUGGUUACAUUAAAGCGUGGAAUCUGGAUAUUGAUAAGAUUGAGAAUGCUCCAUCAUUGCUAUGUGAAGUCAAUACCAAAGCCAGGCUUACCUGCUUAGCAGUAUGGCUCAGAAAAGAUUUUGAAACAGAGCAGAUCCCGGAUGAAGCCACACCAUCUUCAUCUCAGGUACAUGAAGCAGAGCAGCUGUCACUUAAGAAAAAGAAAAAGUUUUCGACCGAUAGUACUAAAUCUUCCCAGGGAGAUGGCCAGAAAGCCGCUCUAAAAAGAAAAUCAGGAAAAACGCUGCAAAAGAAGAAGUUACAGAGAUUAAAAUAAAUAUCCAGCCAUUAUCAUAUUCCAUACUAAAUAUAUAACAAAGAACCAAUUUGUUUUUUACUUUAAGACAUUUUUAAUUUUCAGUACACUCUUGAGAAUAUUUUUUAUAUGUUAAUGUUUCUAGAAAAUAGAUAUUAUAUUUCAACAGUAACAAUAUCCAGAUCUUGUGACUAUUGUUUUUAAGUGUAAAAAUAUAAGUAUCAAUUAUCUUACAAUGUAUGUGAAAUGUCCUAUUGUUAUUUAAAUUGAUUUCCAAGUUGCUAAUAUAUUUUGAUAUUUACACCUACUUUUAGAUUUUCUUAAAAGUCUUUUCAUAGAGGCAUUAUUCAAUGUACAGCUAACAAUAUAAAUUGUUACCUUACACAUUAA